AUGGCUAUGGCUUCCAGCAAUGGAAAGCUUGUGUGCGUCACUGGAGGAACUGGCUACAUUGCCUCCUGGAUCGUCCGCGAGCUCCUCCAAAGGGGCUACACAGUCCACACCACUGCGCGCAAUCCAGAUGAUCCCGCCAAGGUCGGCUUCCUGUGGGACUUGCCCGGAGCGAAGGAGCGCCUCCGGAUCUUCAAGGCCGAUUUGCUCGAGCCGGGCAGCUUCGACGCCGCGCUGAGUGGCGUGUACGGCGUCAUUCACGUCGCUGGCGUCGUGCUGAUCGAUCCCAAAGACGAUCCACAGCUCAAACUCGUCGAAACCUCCACCAAUGGCGUGCUCAACGUCCUCGGCUCGUGUACAAAGUUCUCCUCCAUCGCCAAGGUCGUCCUCACUUCAUCCUGCUCGGCGAUUCGCUACGACCACCACCACCAAACUGGAAAGAACGAUUCACUGCUUGACGAGAGCUCCUGGACGAAUCCGGGCUACUGCAGCCAACACAAGCUAUGGUAUCCACUGGCCAAGACACUAGCCGAGAGGACUGCCUGGGAUUUUAGCAAGCUCCAUGGGAUCAAUCUCGUCGUGGUGAAUCCAUCCUUCAUCGUUGGACCGCUUCUACAGCCGGUUCCAACCAGCACCAUCCUCAUCGUCCUCGGCAUGCUCAAAGGCCAUAUCAAGCUCUAUCCAAACAUGAUCGUCGGCUUCGUUCACAUCCAGGACGUGGUAGCAGCACACCUCCUCGCCUACGAAUCCCCCGACGCGGCUGGCCGAUACAUUUGCUCCGAGAGAGUGGCUCACUGGAGAGAAGUUCUCGAGAUGCUACGAGCGAAGUAUCCCCAGUAUCCUCUUCCAAGCGAGCCAUCCCAGGACCAAGGCCAAGACAUUCCUCACGAGAUGAGCGCUGAAAAGCUCAAGCAACUCGGCCUCGAGAGUUAUCAGCCGCUGGAGAAGAUGUUUGACGACUGCAUCGAGAGCCUCAAACUCAAAGGUUUUCUGGAAUGAAAAGAACAAGCGCUUCUUCUAUAGAUGGAAUAA